UGUAUGCGUCCGUUACCACUAUAAGUAACGCAUUUAGCUCCAUGAACACGCGCUCGUUCUCUCUCUCAAGCCUCUCUUUCUGGUCAAGUCGCUCUGAUUUGCUUUUGAAGUUCGGGAGACGAAAAGGAAGCCAUUGGGAUUGUAGUUUCUUGUUUGCUUCUCUGCAACUCUUCUGAUCUAUCUGAGAGCUUUCUGGUUUCAUUGACCUCUGGUGCACCGACACCUGUUACCUCGUUCUGGAGGGGGUGGAGCUUCCGUUAAUGGCAGUUCUCAGUUUUUGCAUUUCGAGAGCUUAUUCUGAUUGCUGUGCACUUUGUGGAGUCUGUCAGAAUGGGUAGCUGAGAAAGAAAAAAGAAGACUUUUCAAAAAUUUGAGGUAGUCCAAAACUAUUUGAAUUAAAUAUUUUCGAUCCAAGAUAGAGGUAGGGUUUGAAGCUGAAAUUGGUCUAUGGAAGACAGUUUAAAGCCCAGAAAAGACUCAAGGGAUCAGCAAUCUUCAGGGUAUUCUGAGAACAAAUUUAUUGCCCAAUCAGGUCAAUGUUUAAAUCUACAGGACAAGUCUAAACCCGAAAAGCCUAAUGUGUCAUAUUCUGAUCUCCAUUGUGAAAUCAUGAAAAAUGUGGAGGUCUCACCGAAAUCCUUGAAGAAUCGCCAAAAGCAAAAAAUAAAGGAUACCAAAGAAGAUGAGCUUGUCAAGUAUAUGUCGAGUCUCCCAAGUUAUCUUGAGAAAGGGAAAGAUCUUCAGGAAAAAGUCUUAAAUGUUGGGGUCCUGGACUGGGCUAGUCUGGAAAAAUGGCAGUAUAGCCACAGACAGAUACCAUGCAGAACUAGCAGGGAUCCUAUUUCCAGCAGUUGUUCUUCAUCAUCCUUCUCAACAGAAAGCUUCUCUUUCCAUUCGAGCAGAGGUCACACUCGCUCUCCUACUCGACAGAAGGUGCGUCAUCCUUCUCUGCAAGUUCAUUUGAUCACAUCUUCUCCAAAAGAGAGUCCCUAUAAAGUUGACAAACCCUAUGGAGGAGGUGUUGCAAAGUUUCAAGAUGUCAGCCAUGCACAGAGUAACUCCACAAACCAAUAUGGAAAUUUGAUCCGAAGAGAUCAGCUUUCUCGUAGAAACCAUGUGGAAAUCAAAGCAGAGCAUUACUGUAAAAAAAGUUCUGAUAUAAAGUUCUACCGAGACAUUGCGCAUUUGCCAAAUAAGUUGAAUAAAGAUCUAGCACCAUGUUCUCACGUGAGUGCCAAGACUAAAGAGGGUGAAUUUAAGGGAAGAGUGGAGAAGUUGCAAGGACAAAAGCCGAAUAUCGUUGAACAAGAUAUCUCUCAAAAGAACAAACCAGUAGUUCUCCUUUUACCAAGAGAUUACUCCCAGCACAAUGAUUCUAAGCCUUCUAAUCCAGCAGCCAUGUUAGUCGAGAGACAAGGAGUAGGAAGUCGAAGAAGCUUUGUGGAGACCUCUAAGCAAGCUUACUGUGCAAAGCUUAAUUCCGAUAUCCCACACUCAUGUCCACUGUCUCUUGAAGUUGACAGCGGUGAGCAUUUUCAGAUGGAACGGUGCUUUAAUGAUGCACAAAGUACUGACACCUUGCGUGAUAUAUCUUAUUCAGCGCAAUCUGCACCUGAAAUGGGAAACUGUUCAUCUAGAUGCAGAAAACUUGAAAAGAUAAUGCCGGCCAUGAGAUCCUCUAAUUCAAUUGCAAAUGCUUCCAAAGCUGUAGAUCAUAAAGUAAGUGGAGUGGUUGCAGGAAAAAGCAGAAGCACUUCACCUUUUCGCCGUCUUGGCUUUGGUAUUGGCAAUAUAGGUAAGAGUUUCAGCUCCAAAGAGGAUUUGGCCAAACCAGAGUUUAGCUUGAAGCAUAUUUCUGCUUGUUCUGGAAGAGAUAAUUCUGUGGGUAUUUCUUGUCAAGGUACCUCUAAUAGUGAUAAACCUUACACUACAGGCAGGAGGAGGUCCAGUCCUUUGAGAAGGUUACUGGACCCACUAUUGAAGCCGAAGGCAACAAAUUACCAGAACUUCAGAGAGCCCUUGCAGAGAGAUUCAAUAGAAUCAAUACCAACAAAUGGAGCCGGCAGAUCAUAUGAUGGGAAAUCAGAUUCUUCAGCUGGAACUCUAAUGUCUACUUUGCUUCAGGACAAGAAGCACAGAUCAACCAUUCAAGCUCUUCUUCAAGUUGUAUUUAAGAAUGGCCAGCCUCUGUUUACAUUCGCAGUUGACAAAAAUAAUGACAUCCUUGCUGCAACAAUGAAGAAGUUUAGUGCCUCGAGAAAGAGUGACUACAACUGCAUUUAUACUAUUUUUACUAUUAAAGAUGUCAUGAAAAGGAAUGGAAGAUGGAUGGAUCAUAGUGGCAAAAGCAAAAGUGAUGAUUACGUCCCAAAUGUCCUUGCCCAGCUGAAAGCUACUGGUUUCCAGGUUACCAACUUUACAAGACAGAACCAUAUGGCAUUAGAGAGUGGCAUUAGAGAGUUUGUUUUGUUUGCUGUGGCUCUAAGAGAGACAGAUCAACAAACAUCAGAAUUUCAGCCACAUGAUGAGCUUGCAGCCAUUGUUGUCAAGAUCCCAAAAGAUAUCAGUAGAAGUUCAGUUGUCGAUAAUCAUCAGAAUGAUAUCUGUAAUAAGGUGCCAGAGUUUUCUGAUUCUGUGUUAGAUGUCAAGAAACGUCCUAUUACAGGUGGACAAGGUCUCAUCAAGACGUCAGUCAUUCUUCCUAGUGGUGUUCAUAGUCUACCGACUAAUGGAGGACCUUCAUCACUGAUCCAACGUUGGACGUCAAAUGGAUCAUGUGACUGUGGAGGUUGGGAUUUGGGUUGUAAACUUAGGGUCUUUUCCAACUGGAAUCAAUUUAUUAAGAAGUCAAGUUCAUCCAAAGCUCAUUGCGACACUCAUAAGUUUGAACUUUAUCCUCAGGGAGGAGAACAAGGAAAUGAUCCCGCCCUUGCCUUAGCACCAUUCAAGGAUGGAAUCUAUUCUGUUGAGUUCAAUUCAUCUCUAUCCCUUCUGCAAGCAUUUGCCGUCUGCAUAGCUGUUUUAGAUACUAGGAGACCGUGCGAGCUUUCUGAAUCGUGUGCCUUGGUUGAAGAAAAGACUUCUGUGGAAAACAUAAUAGCACAAAAUGAUGGAAUAAGGGCUUCUAAUCUCUUUGGAGGAGAGGUUCCUGCUAGAUAUGCUUCGUAUCCUCCCCAUUCUCCAGUAGGCAGGGCCUAGUUUCAUUGAGGGAAUAAUCUUGUAAUUAUGGACAGAGAGGUGGACAAUGAACAAAAACUUGAAUGAGAGAUGCCUAUUUUUGAUGCCUUUUUUGAAGCUAAUAAGGUUUCCCAAAGCCUGAUUAUGGAUUUUGUUGGUCUUCGGAUUUUUUGAUGAUAGAAGCAACAUCAAUUGUACUAUUGAAGACUAUAUGUCCAUUAAUGUAAGUGUGCAUACCUAUGGCGACUAAUAAAUUCCUCUAUUACUUCUUAGCUUUUA